AUGGAGAUGCUCAAUGCACAUCGCCUUGUGAAAAUGGACAGUUCAAGUGAGUUUUCCAGUGAAAGUGAUCCAUACCAUGACUCCGAUAAUUAUGAUAUGGACCCAGAUUAUGUAUUGGAAAGUGAGAGUGGCAACAAAAAUGGCAGAAAGUGUUUUAUUAAAUCAUUAAGUAAUGCCUAUUCUGUUACUGCCCAACAUGCUUUGAAAGACGAUAAGGAACAAGAUGAAGAAAUAAAUAAAGCUAGUACGUCAGGUAUAAAUCAGACACCUAUCUUAAAGCAUGGAUUCAGAUGUGAUUGUCGUAAGAAGUGUUUCGAAAAAUUCACGGAAAUGGAAAAAGAUGCAAUAUUUACAGAGUUUUAUGCAAUGGGAGAUAAGAACAUUCAGGAUAGUUACUUAGCAGCGCUCAUAGAUGUAAAAAAAGUCUCCAGAAGGAGGAAAACUAGCGUGGGUGAAAAAAAAAACAGAUAUUCUUAUGGUUAUAGUAUUAAAAUCUCUUCAAAAACUGAAAAAGUCACAUCUUUUGAUGAAACAUACUGCAACGGUUACCGAUUUUACGAUGAAGGCAGCAAAACGUGGAUUGACAUACUAACGGAAUUGGGUAAUACGAAUUUUUUUCAUGCAUACAAAGAAAGUCAAAUUAAUGAUAACAGCAAAAUUUCACCAACGGAAUAUAAACUUCCUGCUGGAAUCAACCCAGAAAAGGUAUGCGGACACAAUGGCGCCAUGUUCAAAAUAUAA